GGACCCAUGCGCGAAAUGUCACUUCGGCGCAAUCUAUCCCUAUAAGCCCUCCGUCGAUACUACCGAGUGUCUAUACUCCGGUUUAUCCUCCACUGACGUCGAUCAAGAGGCGAUCAAGGACGAUAUAGCCAAUCUCGAGGAUGAAUGGCUUUCACAUCGAGUCUCUCUUCAUCCAGAUUCGAGAUCGGCGAAAUAAACUCCUUCAAGAUCUCGAUAAUUGCAAGGCACUGUUAUCGCCGAUACAGCGCCUUCCUCGAGAGUCUCUUCUCGAGAUAUUCGAGGACUUAUCUUCCUCUUUUACGGGCAUUUCGGGUGCGCCUUGGAUCCUAGGCCAUGUAUAUUCACUUUGGCGCAUGUCCUCUCGCUCUUCUCCUACACUGUGGACUAAGAUAUCCGUCCGUGGACCUGAAAUCUCCAACGUCAAUUUUCUCACCUUUUACCUCUCUCUUUCCCGUGAUCUUCCUCUGGAUAUAUACUGUGGAAACAUUACAAGCUCAGCAAUGGAUGCUCUCAGUUGCCUUGCUGUGCAUUCCGCCCGCUGGUCCAAAUUGCAGCUUCAGAUGGACCCACGCGAAUUUUCCCAAUUUUUGUCUUUUGUUUCUGUCCCCCCGGUCCGACUAGAGAAUCUUUGGAUUUUCAUUUGUCAUUAUGGUUUCUUCGACCGGUCUUUUCUCCCUGCUCUUAGCUGCAGUAAUCCCUUCGCUGCAUCUCAUAUAAUAGAUGCCACUUUUCAAUCCCUCGCCUAUCCGACCCUCCCCAUAUAUCUCGAAGAACUACGGAAGUUCUCCGCGUGUAUUUAAAGCUCUUCGGACCUUCUACCCGUCUUCCAGCAGGCCCGUAAACUCACCUCAUUGUCCGUAGAAUCCGUCAGACGCCCGCCGGAGGCUGUUUCUCUGGACAUUCCCCCAGACCAGUUUCCUUCCAUUACGCACACAUAUCUACGACGACUCAACUUAAUGGUGCACAUGUCAGAGGCUUUAGGCCCUCAUACAAGCAUUCACGAUAUCUUUGAUUGUAUCUCCCUU